GUCAGAGGGCUGGCUGUGUGUAGCCAUGGGGGGGCGGGGGGUUCGGAGCGGCGGCGCCGGCGGAGCCCGGGGGAGCCUCGGAGCGGCGGCAGAGCCCGGGGGAGCAGCGCAGAUUAAUUGAAAGGAGAAUGAAAAGAGCUUUGCAGAAGAAGCAAAUCCAGUAGAUUUUUCUUUAGGUGCUGUUAUUUUUGGUUGCAGAAAUCCAGGUGAAGGGACAGACAGUGGUCAUCUUGACGGACAUCUCCUACAGGGACCUUUUCAUUUUGUCUAAUAUAGACGUCUUUUGGAGUAAUACAUUUUCCCAGUAGCCUCAGAAUAAACCAUCAAACUAAGAUGCAAAUUUCAUACUUAGUUAUUUAAAGCUCAACAGUUCAGCCAUGGAAACUCUCCAGACUAGCUUCCCGUUGGUUCAGGGCUCCAAUAAAAAACGAAAUGGGCUAAGAGAUGAGGGCAGCCCUCCAAUGAAAAAAAUGAUGACAGAGAUGCACAUCAACGGGAAAGUGCUGAUAGACACAUUGCCGACCGUAAAGAAGGAGAACGUGGAUGACUACGGUGAAGCUCCAAUGGAGACGGAUGGAGAAAAGGCCAAAUCCAGCUGUAAUUCAGUGUCUGAACCUUUGCACUUAAAUCCUAGUUUAAAGCACACACUGGCACAAUUCCACUUGAGUAGUCAGAGCUCCCUGGGUGGGCCUGCAGCAUUUUCAGCUCGUUAUUCCCAAGAAAGCAUGUCACCUACUGUAUUCUUGCCUCUUCCGUCACCUCAGAUUCUUCCUGGGCCAUUGCUCAUUCCCCCAGAUAGUUCCACAGAACUUACUCAGACUGUCCUGGAGGGGGAAUCUAUUUCUUGUUUCCAGGUUGGAGGAGAAAAGAGACUAUGUUUGCCUCAAGUCUUAAAUUCUGUACUUCGGGAUUUUUCACUCCAGCAAAUAAAUACCGUGUGUGAUGACUUGUACAUAUAUUGUUCACGGUGCACCUCGGAACAGCUUCAUAUCCUGAAGGUCUUGGGAAUCCUUCCGUUUAAUGCCCCUUCCUGUGGGCUUAUCACACUCACUGAUGCUCAAAGACUAUGUAAUGCUUUGCUCCGUCCACGUACCUGCCCUCAAAAUGGUAGCUUGCUUCCUGCUAAAAACUCCUUGGCCCAGUUACAAGAAACUGGCAGGGCCUUUGAAGUGGAACAUGAGUGCUUGGGUAAAUGCCAGGGCUUAUUUGCGCCCCAGUUUUAUGUUCAGCCCGAUGCGCCAUGUAUACAGUGUCUGGAAUGCUGUGGAAUGUUUGCGCCCCAGACGUUUGUGAUGCAUUCUCACAGAUCCCCCGACAAGAGGACUUGCCACUGGGGCUUUGAGUCAGCCAAGUGGCCUUGCUAUCUCCAUGUAAACCAAAAGUACUUAGGGACGCCGGAAGAAAAGAAACUCAACAGUCUUUUGGAGGAAAUGAAGGAGAAAUUUAGUGUCCGGAAUGGAAAGAGAGCUCAGUCCAAAGUAAGCAGACACACCCCAGGGCUGGAAUUGCCAUCAUGGUAUCCAGUUAUAAAGCAGAAGGGUGACUCUGUUUCUCAGCCUCCUUCAUUCAUCAUCCCAGGUAACUACUACCUGUACAUGUGUGAUAAAGUGGUUGCUCCAAAUGUGUCGCUUACUUCAGCUGUGUCGCCCUGUAAAGAGGCCACAAAAGCAGGGGCCAAGAUGGCAGAAGGAAAUAAGUCUCUGUCAGGACAGCCUGAGAAACCUUAUGCCAGCAGCAAAGUGCGAAAAGUCGCCUCUUACCCAGAGCUUUCCCUGGAGGAGCAAGAGAAGAUGGAUCUCAAAUCCAGUCAAGAGCUUGGAAACCGUCUGGAUCCAUCCGUGUCAACCAGUUCUACAAAUAGGAAAUUGGAGUCCAAAGCUUGUAGUACCGAUGGAGAAACCAGCAAGGCGGAAAUGGGCCAAGAGACCCCAACUCUAUGGCCAUCGAUUAUCAAAGAUAUCAGUUGUGAGGAUGAUAAGGGGAAAAUCAUGGAGGAAGUGAUGAGAACCUAUGUCAAAAAACAAGAGAAAUUGAAUUCUAUUUUACAGAAAAAGCAACAGCUUCAGAUGGAAGUGGAAAUGCUGAGCAGUUCAAAAGCCAUGAAGGAACUCACUGAAGAGCAGCAGAAUUUACAGAAAGAGCUGGAGUCUUUACAGACUGAGCAUGCUCAGAGGAUGGAAGAAUUCUACAUUGAGCAGAGGGACUUGGAGAAGAAAUUGGAGCAGGUGAUGAAGCAAAAAUGUACCUGUGACUCAACAUUAGAGAAGGACAAGGAAGCUGAAUAUGCAGCCCAGUUGGCUGAGCUGCGCCAGAGACUGGAUCAUGCCGAGGCAGACAGACAAGAGCUUCAGGACGAACUCAGGCAAGAGCGAGAAGCCAGGCAAAAGCUAGAGAUGAUGAUAAAGGAAUUAAAGCAUCAAAUUGUGAAAUCUUCCAAGACUGUUAAAGAGUAGAGACCAGUGAGGACAACUCCCCUGUGCUCUCCCACCGGGGCUUUGUAUUUAAACUGAGCAGCUUGUUGGAGUGAAGAACAAUGAGGCAUUCUCUUGAUUUGGAGUUCACAGAGGAAAGUGAAGAGAUGAUGUAUAUUCAAAUUUUUAGAUUUUCCAAAUGAAUGAAAAUCUGUUUCUUUGUACUAGUGUUUUUUAAAUCUUAAACAACUAGUAACAAUGAAACCAUAUGUUUUAAAAUAGGUGUCUGUCUCUAUUUCUAAUGCAAACAACUGUUGUGUACCUUUCUAAAGCAGCAUUGUAUGACAGGGAAUACCCCUGUGGAUGACUUUAUUGUUACCCAUGUUUCACACUUGCUUUUGGAAACACUUUCUACGAUAUCUUUGGUGUCUUCCUACUUUGAUAUUAAAUCAAGGGAGACAUCCAGGCUCCAUCUUUUCUGAGUAUUAAAAUGGACACCGUUUUCUUGGUAAGUUGCUUUUGUGGAUUCACGGCUCCGUAGAGAACAUUACUCCGCUAAUUCUCUCCUGACUGUGGAAGGAAUUUCCAUGAAGAACGGCGGAGGGAUUUAUUAUGCACUGCUGCUACGGAAAAGGAAUGGCUGACAUGUUGGGGGGGUUUUGUUUUUCUUUUCCCUCUUUUCCCGUGCUUGUGUGAAGCUUUUUUUUUUUUUUUCCAGGCAGCAACUACAGGACAUCAGAUGAAAAGUAAAAAUUGGGACUUGCUCUUUUGAAUCCUUGAGCUUUUAAUUAUUUGUCCUAAGUGACAUGAAAAUAAAGAUUCUUGGGGAUGGGGAGGGAGGGAACCAGUUGCGUUAUCAUUAAUGUAGAUCAGCUGCUUUGGUAUCAUUAGCUUCUCUUCUGUACAGUUUUUAUAUGUAGGUAGGGGUCCGAUUGAUGUUUAUAUUGUGGGUUUGUUUUUCUUUGGGUUGUAAAAUAUGAAACAAUUUGAAAGUCACUUAGAAUUUUUGUAUAUUUAAAUGUUAAGGUAAAUCUUACCAAAAUUUCUGCAAAUGGACCAUGUUCAUUUAGCUCUUUAAUGUUAAAAAUCAGGAAUUUGCAGCCAUUAGAUACUAAUGCACCAUAAAUUAAUGCAUGGGAAAAUCCAGAUAUCUGCUGGUUUUCAGACAAUUUUCAGAAGCAAGACAGGAAUUCCAUGUGGGAAAGUAAACUCUUGCACUUUUUUUUUUUUUGCACAGAUAGGUCUGUCAUUCUUUAAUGCCAGAUUUCACAUUAAUUAUCCAUUUUUUAAAAAGACCUAAAAUAGUAGCAUUCAAGAUUUUUCAUGACGUACACUGAAGCCAUCAUUCAUUGAAAAUAUUUUUCCAUGCUUUCUAAGCUUUUGAUAAUUUCUCCUAAGGUACCGUUUGAUAACUAUUAGUUGAAACCACUUACAAACAUAGAUAGAUGGUUGGACUUUUUCUUUUUUUGCAUACAGAUCACCAAAUCCUACUUUGGGGAGGGAUGCAAAUUAGGCACUUUGUAGCAACGCAAAAUGUUUAAGCCGCUGGUUCAUUACUUUAAAGAAUUAAUUUUGUGAUUUACUAUAAAUGGUAUUUAUGUGCCCUAAUAUAAUUUGUACCCCUCAAAUGAACAAAGAAUCAAUUUAAACAAAUAAGAUGUGGUUUUUGUGCCUUCAUUUGAGUUUGACUAAAUUAAUAUUCAUAAACAUAGAACUAGCCCCACUCAGUUCAGAGAGGAAAGCACAGAGGUGUUUAUGAUCUUGUAUUCUAGUUGUUGAAUAAGACUUGUAAAUUACUAGAUAGUCACCUGUUUACUCUUCACCUCUUCAGUAUUCGGAGGGGGUUUCCUUUUUCUCAAAUUCAUUCCAAACAUUUUUUUUUUACAGUUAUUAUAAACGGUAGGUUCAGUUAACUGUUAACAUAAAACCCAGUAAAAAAGUUAAUCUUUGUAAAUCUCUUUUACUUCUAAAAUCUUCAACCCCUUUAAAAUUAUCUUUUAAUUUAACAGUGAGCAAAUAUUUAUUAUCUAGUCCUUUAUAUAAAGAACAGUUCUUACAUGCGACAUAGGUUUAAUUUUAUACAGAUGAUACAAUGAUGUGUCAUGUCUCAGCCUGAAUUCAUGACAAAAAGGUUUUUUUAAAUUGAAUUGUAAAUAGUAUCCAUGUUCAUUGUACUUUCACACUGAGCUCUUCCUCUCAUUUCCAAGAGUUGAGAUGACUAGUUUUAUCAUAGACCCUAUGUAACUUGAAUACGUGCAGAAAUUUUGGAUAAACAUUUAUAGAAAUCUCUGACUUAAAAACAAACAAACAAACAAGAAACACUCUACCAAUGUGAACUUGAUGUCAACACGAACAUUUUCCAUGUCAGUUGUUGGUAGAAAGUUCGGGCAAUAGUUUGUGUGGCUUUGUUUAGGCUGGCAGAUGUUUUCUUCAGACUCUCUCAAUAUUACUGUUUUAGAAAAAACUUUUUAGAGCCCCAUCAAAAACAUCCUUUGAGAAGAAGGGUACUUUAGGGAACAUUUUAUUUAUUUUUUUGAGGAGGGAAGCAAUAGUAUACGACAGUUUCUCUAGUGGGCAAUAAUUUGGUUAAGUUGUUGAGGAGCUUCGUUUCUAUGAGAAACUGACCAAAUUUCUGAAAGCAAAGUAUCAAGUUCCUAUGUCCUUGGUGGCUCUCAAACCUCUUGGAUUCUUAUAUGCCAGCGAGUAUCACUCAAAAAGAUUUUUAUAAAAAAUGUUACUGAUGAAGUAGUGCUUUAAUUUUUGUAAAUCACUCUUCUUAGCUUAAGUUCUGAGGGGAAUGACAAUGUUUUUCCACUUCUUGAGCUAAUUUUAUAACAUAUUUGAUAUAUUAAACAACCUCCAUGUCAAAUCAUUUGUAUAUAUUUAAUGAUUGUUAAGUAAUGCAGUUGCUGAAGAAGGCAAUGUAGCAGAGGGACAGAUAGCGCCAUCUGCUGGCUAACCACCUAGUUUAGAAGUCCUGAUGAAUUCCUGAUGAAUGAAGUACUGAUAAUUCAUGUGUAUGUGCAUCCUUGGCUUCGGAUUGGGAAGAAUGAUGAUCAGGGCCCCUGAAAGUAAUAGGAAAUUGCUCAGUACAUUUCUCUAGAAUUGCAAAUCUGGUGCUGAAGUAAUUUUUUUGAUCAGCUUACUCAAAUUUCCUUCUCACUCACAGAACUAGUUUUGAUUCUUCAUGAAAGAUGCUAGGGGUUCUCAAUUCUCCCUACCCUUGAGCCAUGUAAUCCAUGUGAUGGAAUAUUUGAGCACAUUUUCAUUUUCCUAAUGGACUACUAUACUUAUAGGGCACAUUCAAUUCUGUGCUUGGACUGACAAGGUCUUCUCAACUGUUGUAUUAUAAAAGUUGUGGGACUGAGUAAAAUUUUAAAGCUGAAAAACUUUUCAUUGUCUUUGUAGUAUGAGACACUCAAGCAUCUCCAUCAUGAGAAGAAACAUAUAUUUGAGUAUUUUAUAUUUGAUAUAUUUAUUUAUUGCAUCUAAAUUAAAGGAAGAGUCAGCUUUUAUAGGGAUUUGGGGUCUUGGGGGGAGGAUAAAAACUUAUCAAAUUUGAAACAACAAUACAUUUUAUAAUAUGUUUCUUAAGUCAUUUAGAACUUAAACAUAUACAGGAUUACUGCAUUAGAAAAUGCUCCAAUUUACAACAUGGACGCAGUUUUCCAUUAAGUCCAAGAAGACAAAAAUAACCCACCGGAAGGUUAGUUUAGUAGAAAAGGUUAGUAGAAAUGAAAUAGUUCAAAUAUUUUUAUUCCAUAUAGAUACCUCACUUGAAAAUAAGAAAAGCACAGUGUACUUAAAAUAGUUCUAGUCAACAUAAAAGUUCUGUCUAAAAGAAUUUGCUGCCAUUGGGUUGUCUUUGGGCUUUUAUAGUCUGUCAAUAAUAUACACAUGUAUAUAUAUAUAUAUAUAUUUAUACAUAACAUUAUACACACAUAUACAUAUUUGUUUUAAUCCAUGAAAUUAGAAGUAUUUGUUGAUCCCCAACAGUCAUUUACACCAUGGUAUUUCUAAUAAUCUCUGAAAAUAACAAGUGAAAUACCUGUUCUGAAACUGUAGCAAAAGAGAAAAGGAAAACUUUGGAAUUAUGAUCAGUGUAUUCAACAAUUUAUACUAACUUUGCCAAUGAUGUACAGUUUGAAGGUGAAAGUUGCUGUGGUUGCAUUACAUGACACAAACUGUCCUCUACCUCACAUGAAAUUAAACGAUAUUUUAUAUGGUUUUAGGAAACCAAGACGCAUCUAUCUGGUCACCUAGUUUACAAAUUUUGAAUUCUAUUUAUUGAAACAUGACAUACUGUGCUCUAAGCUUAUACCUCAAUUGUAUUUUGUGCUUUCCCCCUCUUCAUUUUCAUGUCUUGUAAAUAUCUUGUAUAGACUGGAUUCAAUUCCAAAUAAAGAAUUGUAAUGAUAAAUCGAAUCAAAAAGGUCAUGUGUGUAAACAUAAC